AUGGUAAAACCAAAGAGAUCAGUAGACCAAUUAAUUGAAAAGACAGAGAGAAUAUAUGAUGCUAUAGGACAAGGUUUAAUGAUGGGAAAUUAUUCUAAAGCAGCAAGACAGAAUGGCUUUACCAAAGAUCAACUUAAUUAUUAUCUUCGAGACUAUAGAAAUGGAAAAAUCAGACAAUCUCAUGGAAGAUUAAGAACAAAACCAAAGUUUACUCCUGAGGAAUAUUCAAUCUUAGUUUCCAAAGUUAUUGAUAUUCACAAAAAUCAACCUAACCUUUCUUUAAGACAGAUUUCAAUUUCAAUUAAUUCUGAUCUUUCAAGGCAAAGUUAA